AGACCAGACUCCAAGAUAGCUCUUUUGGUCAUGGUUGCCCUAAUAAAACUCUGCUCUAUUUUUUUUCUCUUUUCUAAAAAAAGAAAAAGAAAAACAAAACCCUCUUUUUAUUUUCACAGAUAAUUGAGAUAUAAACGUUACAAAAACCAAUUUCAACUCAACUUGUCAGUCUUGAGAUAGAUAAACUUGUUCGGAUUCUUGGCCCCUUCGAGAAGGGUAUAAAGUUUGGGUCUUUGUUAACCCCAACUGUUAAUGGAGAGUUCUGCAUCUCCAGCAGCAGAGUCUAAGGCUAUGGAGGUUGAUUCUGAGAAACAAUCGGUUAAAAGAGAUGGUAGCCCUGGGCCGGACUCUACUCCUCCUAGUCCGAAAAAGGUUGCAUCUCCUGCAGCAGAGUCUUUGGCUAUGGAGGUUGAUUCUGAGAAACAAGAGAUUAAAGGAGAUAGUAGCCCUGAGCCUGAUUCUGAGAAACAAUCGAUUAAAGGAGAUAGGAGCCCUGAACCUGACUCUGCUCCUCCUAGUCCUAAAGUAUCUGCUAAAUGGAAUCCAUUAGAAGCUUGCAGGCCUUCGGUUGAUGAUGCUCCCAUAUUCUAUCCCACUAAUGAGGACUUUGAAGAUCCACUUGCUUACAUAGAGAAGCUGCGCAGUAGAGCAGAACUAUUCGGCAUAUGUAGAAUUGUACCACCCGUUGCGUGGAAACCUCCCUGUCCUCUGAAGGAAAAAGAAAUAUGGGAGAAGUCCAAGUUCCCCACUCGGAUUCAGCUGAUUGACUUGCUUCAAAACAGAGAACCGAUUCAAAAGUCUCCCAAAAGCAAGAAGCGAAAACGGGGAAGAGUCUCUAAAGUUGGAUACUCAAGAAGAAGAAGAGGUUCAGGCAGCGAUGAUGAUGAUUCCACUGAAGAUGCUGAAGGGAAAUUUGGUUUCCAGACUGGGCCAGAUUUUACACUUGAAGAGUUUCAGAAGUAUGAUGAAGAAUUUAAGGAAUCUUAUUUUCAGUUAGAGAAUGGUUCCAAAGCGUCUGAAAAUAAGAAGUUUAAACCUAAGGUUAAGGAUAUCGAAGGCGAGUAUUGGCGGAUAGUGGAGCAAGCAACUGAUGAAGUAGAGGUGUACUAUGGAGCUGACUUGGAAACGAAGAAAUUUGGAAGUGGUUUCCCCAAGUAUUCACCAGAUUCUCGUAAAAGUUUAGAAGAACAUCAAUACUCUACAAGUGGCUGGAACCUAAACAAUUUAUCGCGUCUCCCUGGAUCUGUUUUAUCUUUUGAGAGGUGCGACAUCUCAGGAGUUAUUGUGCCAUGGCUUUAUGUUGGAAUGUGCUUUUCAACUUUUUGUUGGCAUGUUGAAGAUCAUCACCUUUAUUCCUUGAACUACUUACACACGGGUGAUCCAAAAGUUUGGUAUGGGAUCCCUGGAAGCCAUGCUGCGUCCUUUGAAAACGCAAUGAAAAAACUUCUUCCAGAUUUGUUUGAAGAACAGCCUGACUUGCUACAUCAACUGGUCACCCAGUUAUCUCCAAGCAUCUUAAAAGAGCAGGGAAUACCUGUCUAUCGAGCUGUCCAGCGCAGUGGAGAGUUCAUUCUAACCUUCCCCAAGGCCUACCACUCUGGGUUCAACUGUGGUUUCAACUGUGCGGAAGCAGUGAAUGUUGCACCAGUUGAUUGGCUGGUUCAUGGACAGGAUGCAGUGGAAGGAUAUAGCAAGCAGCGGCGAAAGAGCUCAUUGUCGCAUGACAAGCUGCUUCUUGGAGCAGCUAUGGAAGCUAUUUAUUAUCUCUGGGAGCUGGCAGUUACAAGGAAGAAGACCCCUGUGAUUGCGAGGUGGAAAAGAGUUUGUAGUGAGGAUGGAUUGCUUACGAAGGCAGUCAAGAAGCGGGUGGAGAUGGAGGCAGAAAGACUAAAUCAACUUGGGGAUAGUUAUAGCGUGGUGAAGAUGGAGGGUGAUUUUGACAUUAAGAGAGAAAGAGAGUGCUUCUUGUGCUUCUAUGAUUUGCAUAUGUCUGCUUCAAGCUGCAAGUGUUCCCCCAACCGAUUUGCGUGUCUUACCCACGCUAAGGAUCUCUGUUCAUGUGAAAGCAAGGAUAGAUUUGUUCUUCUUCGUCAUACUCUGGAUGAGUUACGGUCUCUGGUCAGAGCUCUAGAAGGGUAUCCCGAUGCCAUAGAAGCUUGGGCACGUAUAAGCCGUGAACAUAAUCCUUCACGGCAGCAGAGCGCAAAAGAAGCAUUGGAUUUCAAGAGCAGCACCUCCGGUUCAAAGAGUCGUGGUUCAUCGAAAACACAGCUACAAAACAAUCUCCAGUUAGGCUCUGAAGGCUUACAAAGUGAUAAGGAAGUUAAGUUGAAACAAGAUGGUGAUCAAGAUGUACAUGGCAUCACUACUAAGUCUGAUGAGAAGAAGAUUGCGGUUAAAUCUCAAAACCCACAUUCGGUUUCAGAUGUAGGGUGUAGCGAGCCAGAUGCCGCAACCAAUAGGUUGAGUCACUCUGUUGAGCUUUUGAAGUCUGGAUCUCUUGUUGUUAAGAAGCAGUGGUGCAGUAAGCAAGCCAUCUACUCAAAAGGAUUCAAGAGCCGUGUUAAGUUCAUAAGCGUGCUUGAUCCAACAAAACUAACUAACUACAUCUCCGAGGUUCUGGAUGCAGGGCUUGCUGGUCCACUGUUCAGGGUGUCACUAGAAGAAUGCCCCAGCGAGAACUUCUCGAAUGUAUCAGCUGAGAAGUGCUGGCAAAUGGUGAUACAAAGGCUUAAACUCGAAAUCAUCAAGAGAUGUGAUCAACCAGCUAGCUCCUUGACCGCUUUACAGGCUUUGGAGAGUAUUGGACUUGAAAUGUUUGGCUUUCUCUCACCGCACGUUAUUCAGGCGCUUGAGGCUCUCGAUCCAAAGCAUCAGUUGGAGGAGUAUUGGAACCAAAAAACAGCGAAAGUGUUUGGUGUUGAACUCACAAAGGAAGGAGAAAAGGAUAAUGAUGAUAAAGAGAAAGGAGGGGCUUCAGAUCCCUCAAUGGACAGGGACACAAGGCUUCUGCGUGGACUGUUGAAGAAGGCGACACCGGAAGAGCUAGCAAUGAUGCAUGGACUUCUAUGUGGUGAGACACGCAACACCGAGCUCCAGGAAGAGCUCUCCUCUUUGGUGGAUAAGAUGGAGAAAAGUCCUUGAGCUCAUCAUCAACUCUUUGAGGUUGAUUGUGUCAUUGUUCCUUCGUAUGUGUUCAGGCUUCAGUCGUUCUGCUGUAUUAGUAAAGAGAAAUCUAGAGAGGUAAACAAAGUAGACAAAAGGGUUUGUUUGUUCUGUCACUUCCUUUAGAAAAAGGGUGUAGGAUUAUUUAAUGUACUCAUGUACCAUUGUUCCUCUAUUUCAUCUGUUGUACUAUCUUUAAUUGAAGGGAAAAUGCUUCUAUGAUUA